UAAAAAUCUGUUUUGAGAGGGAAAUGGAGCGUGUUAAGCUAAUGACAGCUUUACCCUCUCUUAUUUUUUCCGUUUAACAGCAACGUUCCUAUAGGCUCCCCGGCGUGCCUGGAUGUGGGCACUGCAGCCUUAAGUGAAGGCUCCAACGACUCGAAAAAAUAAAAACAAAUAAACAGCCCCAUUCCCCCCACUCCAAAGGGGGUAGAGCUUAAGAGGAAACUGUACAAAAUGUGUCGGCAAACAGACGAAUAUAUUUGCAAAGGUAUAGUUUCUGUGACUACAGACAAUCCCCACGUUGCCCAGAAAUUGUUAGAUGCGUCCUGCUGAGAAACGUGCUCGGCUAGUCCGUGAUUGCCUUUCGGAUCCGCCCCGGCCGACCCACCAGGAGGACCCGCGUGAGGGGCCCCCAUUUCCAUUCUUAGGGAGAGGAAGCCGGGGACCCACGUGAGCGCGGAAGACAGCUGAUCAUCAGGUCCCAAUACUUGCCAAGCGUCCCCUAAUUCCCAUUUGGUUACAAAAACUCUCUCCUCCAUUGCAUAUCCUCCUUUGGGCAGAGUGGGCCAAGGCUCGAGAGAGAGGCCGUGAUCUGGCCGGGAUCAUCCCUGGGCGGUAGGUAGGGUCGGACUCUUUGACACCCAGGGCUGCUGAAGCGACAAUUCCAAGCUCCCGAGAACGCCGCGGCGGUCCCUGCCAGAGAUUAGCCGCCGCGCGGGUCCCUCCCUCUUUUUCGGGUGAAUGAAUGAUUAGUCAAACAGCACCUCCCUGCCCCGGUUCGCCCGAGGUUGGAUGGGAGGAGUCAUGGAACCACUGUUCCUCUUUUUUAACGGCGAAAAGAGUUCGCCUCUGUGCGUGUAUUAAUCGACCUUGCGUGUCGUUUCAAAUUCUGUCUUCCCCAGGGUCACGACGCACAGACACAGCAGCACUGAGCAGUGAUCUCGAAGGCCCCUCGCCCCUCUGUCCUCUCAGGGACGGUCGGCCGUCGUGCCCCAGCCAAAGUAAGGCAAAGCAGAGUGAAAAGUUGCCCGCACCCCCACCCCGCCCCAGGCGCUGGGUUUAUCACUCCUUCCCAAAGCUGGGGCAUCAGGGAACGAGCCGCGGUGGUGGAGCGCCCUGCGUCCCAUAUUCUCCUCCCUCCUAGGGUUGGAGCACAGGAGAAGGAGCAGUGUUGGCGCGGCAUCCCCCGUAAGGGGAGGAAUCCCUCCCCACCCGCCCCCCAGGAAAGGGAGGAGGCGCUGCGCACUCCGGGUGAUGGAGACACGCCUGCCCGGCUCCGAUCCGUGCCCCGGGGCAAGCGGCCUCCCUCGAGGGUCUGGGGGAGCUGGCUGGACCCCCGGCGGAGACAGGCGCCCACCGCGAGGCUUCCACUAUCCCUCUUGCGUCCGGGCGCCCCCAGCGGGUUCCCCGAGGCGCUCGGUGCGCCCUGGUCUCCUGCGCCGGAGCGAGCGUGCGAACGGACCGAGUGGAGAGCCGGCUGGGCGGGUAGGAGGUGGGAGUGCAGAAGUGGAGGACGCGGCAGCUGCAGCAGCGGCGCGCCCCGGGGCAGUCGCUGCAGCCCCGGCGGCGGCGGCGGCGGAGCAGCGGUGCGCAGCGGGCAGCGCAGCCACUCCUCUCUGCCUAUCUCCCGCAGUUCCGAUACCCCCUCCCCCUGGCCCCCUCUCUGGCGUGGAGGAGCCGACGACUAAACCGCUGCGAGCAACUCCUUUAAAAAAAAAAAAAAAAGCCGCAUUGGAGGAGCCUGGCCGCAGGACCCCUCCUCCCUGGGCGCCCCCCACCCCUCGCCUCGCUCUCCCGCCUCUCCCCCCGCCAACCUCCCCCCCACCCCCCCACCUUUCCCCCGCCCCAGGCUCCCGGGCGCCCGCCUCCCUCCUUCGCGGACUGUCUCCCGACUCGCCGGCUGAGAGCCCUUUUGGACUGCGAGCGGCGGUAGCGGAGCACAGGCGGCGGCGCGGGACCUGCAGUCGCCCGGGAUUCCCUCCAGGUUCUGUUGCAAAAUGUGAAAAUGAAGGUGAAGUCCUCCAGAUCCCAUUUAUCACGGACAACCCUUGUAUAAUGUGUGUCUGCAUGAACAAGGAAGUGACCUGUAAGAGAGAGAAGUGCCCAGUGUUGUCCAGAGACUGUGCCUUGGCCAUCAAGCAGAGGGGAGCCUGUUGCGAGCGGUGCAAAGGUUGUACCUAUGAUGGAAGUACCUACAACAGCUCCUUCAAAUGGCAGAAUCCUGCUGAACCCUGUGUCCUGCGCCAGUGCCAGGAAGGCGUUGUCACAGAGUCUGAGGUGCGAUGUGUCGUUCAUUGUAAAAACCCCUCCAAGCAUCUGGGAACAUGCUGCCCCACGUGUCCAGGCUGUGUGUUUGAGGGGGUGCAGUACCGAGAAGGGGAGGAAUUUCAGCCAGAAGGAGACAAGUGUACCAAGUGUUCCUGUGUUGGAGGCAGGACACAGUGCGUGAGAGAAGUCUGUCCCAUUCUAUCCUGUCCUCAGCACCUUAGCCACAUUCCCCCAGGACAGUGCUGCCCCAAAUGUUUGGGUCAAAGGAAAGUGUUUGACCUCCCAUUUGGAAGCUGCCUCUUUCGCAGUGAUGUUUAUGACAAUGGAUCCUCUUUUCUCUAUGAUAACUGCACUGCAUGUACCUGCAAGGACUCCACUGUUGUGUGUAAGAAGAAGUGCUCCCACCCUGGGGGCUGCGACAGAGGCGAGGAGGCCUGUUGUGACGACUGCCUCCUACGAGUGCCCCAGGAAGACAUCAAAGUGUGCAAGUUUGGCAACAAGAUUUUCCGGGAUGGAGAGAUGUGGUCGUCUGUCAACUGUACCAUCUGUGCUUGUCUGAAAGGCAAGACAGAGUGUCGCAAGAAGCAGUGUGUUCCCAUCAGCAGCUGCCCUCAGGGUAAAAUUCUCAACAGGAAAGGAUGCUGUCCUAUUUGCACUGAAAAGCCCGGCGUCUGCACGGUGUUCGGAGACCCCCACUACAACACUUUUGACGGACGGACAUUUAACUUUCAGGGGACGUGUCAGUACGUGUUGACAAAAGACUGCUCCUCCCCUGCCUCGCCCUUUCAGGUGCUGGUGAAGAACGACGCGCGCAGGACCCGCUCCUUCUCCUGGACCAAGUCGGUGGACCUGGUGCUGGGCGCCGGCACCGUCAGCCUCCAGCAGCACCUGACGGUGCGCUGGAACGGCUCGCGCAUCGCGCUGCCCUGCCACGCGCCGCAGUUCCACAUCGACCUGGACGGCUACCUCUUGAAAGUGACGACCAAAGCAGGUUUGGAAAUAUCCUGGGAUGGAGACAGUUUUGUAGAAGUCAUGGCUGCCCCCCAUCUCAAGGGCAAACUCUGUGGUCUUUGUGGCAACUACAAUGGACAUAAGCGUGAUGACUUAAUUGGUGGAGAUGGAAGCUUCAAGUUUGAUGUGGAUGACUUUGCCGAGUCCUGGAGAGUGGAGUCCAAUGAGUUCUGUAACAGACCCCAGAGAAAACCAGUACCUGAACUGUGUCAAGGGACAGUGAAGGUAAAGCUUAGAGCCCAUCGAGAAUGCCAGAAACUCAAAUCCUGGGAAUUUCAGACCUGCCACUCAACUGUGGACUACACUACUUUCUACCGGUCCUGCGUGACAGACAUGUGUGAAUGUCCAGUCCAUAAAAACUGUUACUGCGAAUCAUUCCUGGCAUAUACCCGGGCCUGCCAGAGAGAGGGCAUCCGUGUCCACUGGGAGCCACAGCAGAACUGUGCAGCCACCCAGUGUAAGCAUGGGGCCGUGUAUGAUACCUGUGGCCCAGGAUGUGCCAAGACCUGUGACAACUGGAAUGAGAUCGGCCCCUGCAAUAAGCCGUGCAUUGCUGGGUGUCACUGCCCAGCAAAUUUGGUCCUUCACAAAGGAAGGUGCAUCAAGCCAGUCCUCUGUCCUCAGCGGUGACCUUUGUUCCAUUCCUUCAGACUUUGAACCUAGUGUCCUUGACACUGAAGUGGAAGAGCCAAUGAAAGACUGCAGUAUUUGUGUGCUGAUUCUGCAAACACACACACAGAGUAUAUAUGUGUACAUAUAUAGAUAUAUAGAUAUAUUCAGAAGCAUUUCAUCAUUUAUAUAAACUAUAGGUGGAUUCUUAUAUGUAUAUUUUUUGCUAUAAGACAUGUAUUGUUUCUAGGAUCCUAAUCUGUAAGCCAUUGAAGACAUUGUAUAAAUAAAUCAAGUGUUUUUAAUUUAAUAAGGCAGCAUGCAGACAUAUUGGAUGGCUUUACCAUCACACACAUUUGUCAUUUUUAAGGAAAGUUUUCUAAGAGAUCAAAAUUGCCUGCCUGAAUUAAUUUUUUCUUUGGAUCAGGAUUUGCUGUUGAAUGGGGAGUGUGUUUUUUCUGGAGAAGGGCAAAUUUAUUUUGGGGUAUUUCUGCUUCCAGAGAAAGGAAAGUAUGCCUGAGAGAGAUGGCUGGUGAUUGGCGACAGGCUUUAAUGGUGCAUGUAAGCAAGGAAUAGGCUGUUAGACUUUACUGGGUCAUGGUCUGAUAUUAUUUCCAAAACUGAUUGGCUGGUUACCAAGAAAUGUAUAUUCGUCACUAAAGCAUAACCGAAGAAGCAAAUGAUUUCUUGCCCUCUUAGCAUAUUCCCCAAGUCUCCUAAUUAUAUAUGUGUGUAUGAUGGAUGUGGCCACCUCUGUGUCCCACACUGAGAUGAUGGAGUGUCUGGAUAUCUUGUUAGUUUAACUGGGCAUGAGCAGAUAUUUGAAGAAACUGUUGCACAACAUACGAGAAAAUAUCCAUUUCUCUGAAUCUCAUGGCAGUUUAGGAUGAACAAAUCCAAUUGAGUCAAAGUAAGCUAUCUAUAUUUUGUGACUAUUCCAUGUAUAAAGUGAAAGCCUUUAUUUCUAGAGGACUCCUAGUCCAACACUCUUUGCAACGGAAUCUGUCCUAAUUAUUAGACAGAAAGAAAGGCUUUACUGAUCAGUUGAUUUAACAUCAGUCCAAACAAAGAAUGGUCUACAUGCUUGCUCUCAUUUCCUGAUAGGUUACUACUAGUCACCAUGUGAUUUUCCUGACUUUUGUUUUUUGCUGAAUAAGUGAGAAUGUAACAAAAUCAAACCCGCUGAUGUCUAAAAAUAAAAUGUUCUGUGUUAUAGUAAAUAAAGAGCUUAAGUUUUACAACAA